AUGAGCUACAAUAGCUGGCAAGAGGGCCAACGCGGAAAUAGUGGUGGCGGCGGCCGUGGCUAUGGUCGCGGAGGAGCGGGUGGUGGCCGUGGCCGUGGCCGUGGCCGAGGCCGAGGAAAUUUUAAUAACAACUCGAGGUAUGGCAACAGCGGUGGAUAUCAGAGUUAUGACAGCAACAAUGGGCAAAGGCCGUUCAAUAAGCGCCCUAGGACCAACAACUAUCAGCGCGGGUCAGGACAACACGGUGAACAAGAUCCUGAUUAUGUAUGGUUUGACAUCAGAGAAGCACUUUCCAACCCAUGGCGCGAACUAGAGGACGAGCUGGGACUUCCUCACGUGCAACCCGACUUAAAUGAAUUGGAUACUGAGGACGAAGCUGAAGACAGUAUGCAGGUUGAUACACCAGCGGAAAGAGCCGAUCUGGAUGGCGAAGGCGCGGCUAGGACGGAGAAGCUGACUACAGAGAUGCCACCAACUGAGGAAGCCUCCUCAAUAGGCGAUUUAGAGACGGCUGGCUCUUCAGAAACUCCUGCGCCAGUGGGCGAAGAACAAGAUGACAAUACAUCUCACCAAGACCCCACAGCCUCGACACUACCAGUAGCUGGCACAGUUCACUCUGGCAUCAAUGAAGAGAUCGACCUUGACAUCGAUAUGAGCCUUGAGCUCCCAUCCUCUUGA